AUGAGCGAAGUAAUUGGAAACGAUGGGAAUUUCUUGAAACACAAGAUGGCACUCAUUGAGAUAGCUGACAGUUACGGGUUUAAUUUAUAUCAACAUCUGAAGAACUGCAUAAAACACAUGCUAUACCAGCAAAGAUCAGAUGACUUUAAUGAGUUUGAAGUCCUAAGUAGUCGUUUAAAGUUAGAAACUAAAAGGCAUGGUCCUGGAGACCCUACGAAUCUGAAUCCUGCGUCAUUUUCAACAGCAAAAAUUCAGCAAAAGUUGUUUUUGAGAAAUUCAGAAGAAGAUGAGGAGCCUGUAGCAGAUGAAGGAGAAGAACAUCCGCUUCCUAACGUGGUGGAAAAUGCAUACUAUUUUGAGAAUGCGGGAGUUGGUAUCGGGAAAAGCGAGACUGUUUUAUUAAACAUGGCUAUCAAAUCUCUGGUGAAUACCCAAGCUGUUCAGACUGCUCGAUUUUGGGGGAAAAUUUACGGUUUAAUUCAGAAUUAUUACAUAGUCGAGGUAGAGUUUCCGGAGGGCGAAGACAUCGACGAAGAAGAAGGGACAGAUCCAAUUAAUCGAGAUGCAAAUGAAGUAGACGACGAAGAAGUAAAUGAAGGAGGCGAAGACAUUCUACCAAAGUCCAAAUGGAAGCCACCAGUCAAAGUACCGAGAGAGGAGAAUCAUAUUGGCACCAAUAAGAAAGCUUAUUUUGUGUGUCAUGAACCAGGUCUACGAUGGAUAAAACUUCCUCCAGUAACACCUGAACAGAUAGUAGCUGCUCGAGCUAUUCAUCGUCUUUUUACGGGGAUAUUGGAUUCUCCGGUUUCAUGUUACCCUCCUUUUCCGGGUACUGAAGCUAACUACUUACGAGCUCAGAUAGCACGAAUUAGUGCAUCCACCCAAAUAUCUCCACAAGGUUACUAUAAGUUUGGAAGUAAAGACGAGGAAGAAGAAGAGCUAGAAAAUGAAGAAGAAGGUGAACGACAAAACUAUGUGAAAAAUGAAGAAUAUGAACCAUUAAGUAUUACUGAAUUGGCUGACCCGAGUCUUGAACAUUGGGUUCAUCAUACAUCCUAUAUUCUACCACAAGGACGAGUUUAUUGGUGGAAUCCGAAGAAAGGUUUAGGCGAUGAUUUUGAUGAACUUAAUGAUGAAGAAGAAGGAGAGGAAAAUGAAGAUGGUCAAAUGAAGAAUAUCAUACAGCCAGAAUAUGGACCAUCUAUACUUACUCCGAUCUCUUCCGAUUUACCAAUAUUUGGACAAAAACCAUGGUCUAUUAGGAUAAGUUCUAAGUUAAUACCAGAAUAUGCAUCUGUUGUUGUGUCAUCCAAUAUCUGGAUUGGAGCACAUGCAGUAUCAUGGGGCAGACGAUUUGAAAAUAUUUAUAUUGGCUGGGGCUUAAAAUCAGUUACUUCAGGUUUCCAACCUCAGUUACAACCAAUUGAAAUGGAUGAAUAUCAAGAGGUUUCCGACUUAAAUGAAGCAACAGAUCCAACACCUAUGGAAGAAGCUGCAUUAAGAUCUAUGCUUAAUCCACCAGAAGAAGAACAAGAAAAUGAAGAUGAAGCUAAAGAGGAACAAGAUGAAGACGGUGAUGAUGAUUAA